GAGGAAAGAAGUGAAAAUGUUGAAUGAAACACUAGAGAUACUGCAUGGAUCCCGUGAGUGGGUUGAUACUAGUGUUACAGUAUUCACAGCACACAGUCGCUCUUACAUGGCUUCUGUUUUUGUGAAUGCAUGGCUGAAAUUGGAUUUUAUUAAUUCAGCUCCACCACUGCAGCACUGGUACAAGGCUCCUAUUGGCUUUCAGGACCCUUUCAACCAAUCCUGCAAAAAAAGACAAGUCUGAAUUUGCAUAUUAUUAUAAAAAUGCACUGACAUCAGGUAUAAGAGCUGUGUUGGUGCAGUGGUUAGAAAUGGAGUAUUGCAGGCUAAUUCUGCCGACUGCCAGCAGUUCGAUUUUGACCAGCUCAAGGUUGACUCAGCCUUCCAUCCUUCUGAGGGUUGGUAAAAUAAAGACCCAGAUUGUUGGGGGCCAUAUGCUGACUCUGUAAACCGCUUAGAGAAGGCUGUAAAGCACUGUGAAGCAGUCUAUGUGCUAUUGCUUUAUCUAUUCCAACAUGUUUAGUUUUCGAUUAUGUGUGACUUUUGAGAGGCAUUAAAGACCUGGUUCUUCUCCUCCUGGUAUCUGAAUGUACAACCCAUCGCAUGACUUUUUUUUCUCCAGCACUCUGGAUUUGGCUUUUAAAGUUUGAAUUAUUCUUUAUAUUUUGCUCCAUUAUGUGUUUUCUAUUGAUUUUACUGACACAGAUAGUCCUCCGCCUGUGUUCAUUGAUUCAACAACCAUUCUAAUUCGCAACAGUGCUUUAGCACUUUCAAUCAGUCCUCAGAGUUCCAGCCACUGCAGGGCCCCUGCAGUCAUGUAAUUGUGGUUUCUAAUGUUCCUUGCCAGCUUCCCACAAGGAAGGUUAAUGGGGAAGCCAGCAGCAACUUGGAAGUCACCAUCACAUGAGGUUCUCGCUCAUCCUUAACAACAGCAAGUUGGGACUGCCAAAUCUGCCAUCGCUAAUUGGUGCAGACAUGUGACAUUGCACUCUAUAAAGUCUCUUAGCAAUUCCCAUCCCAAUUGCCAUUGUAACCCAAGGACUACCUAUACUGAUUAUGUACAGCUCCCUGAGUUAUGUGCUGAGUAGGACAACGGUAUAAAUUGAUGAGAGAGUCUUCUUGCAGCAAAGAAAUGCAGAUACAGCAUUUGGGAGAUCCGGAUGGACUUGGGCUGCCUUUGGAUGCCGAAACAAUGGCCACUUCAGAAGGAGAAUCAGAAAGAAUGGUGAAUGAAAGAAGCCAAAGCGCUGAUGGCAAAGCCAAACUUUCUGUGGUGGGAUCCCAUGAGCCAGCAAGGAGGAGCAGAGUCCAUGCAGUGUGCUUCAAAGAUAGUGGUGACAGUGACGAAGAAUCAGAUUCCUCUGAAGACGAAUUGAACACUUCACAGGUGGAGGUUUCUGUGCUUCAGAGGUUGGGCCUGCAUAGGGCAUCUCUGACAGAGCAAGAUGUGGAGGCAGCUUUUGCGCACUUAGCCUUGGCGUUACGCUGUGAUAUGUUUACCCUGAGACAGCGAGUACAGAUAGAAGAACGAGCCCGGAACACAGCGGAAGAGAAUAUUCAAGAGGAGUUGGCAGAAUGUCAGGCAGUGUUGCAGAAAUUGGAUCAGGCCUGUUUGGAUCCCAGGCAUAAGGAACUGGUUGAACAUUUGCAGAACAGUUUAGCAAUUCUGACAAGAACAAUUGAAAGAGCAACAAGUGCAGCAGAGAAAUUAGGAGCUGUCCAUCAGGAGGCUCGCAUGAGUCGAGCUGCAGAACUGAUGGUGCAACAUGUGGAGAACCUGAAACGGCAUCACCUGAGGGAGCAUGCAGAGUUAGAGGAUAUGAAGAGACUGAUCCAGCAGAACUCCCGAAACUGGCAGUUAACUGAAAACAAAGAUGAUGGUGAGCAGAGAUUGAAAUAUCCCUUAGCGCGAUUUUUUCAGCAGGGCUCAGCCCGGCGUCGAGUCAGCAUUGCAGUCGUAUCCAGGCAGCUAACGUUCCAUAGCUCUGAAAAUGAGGAAGGCCUUGAGGGAGAAGUGAUUAAGCCAUCUGUAGACAAAGAUGAAAGCCCACAACGACAGUCCCAUUUCUCCCAAGAAGACCCUGCAGAGAAUCACCUGAUCCUGCAUCCAAGCCCUUCCAGCUUUUCACAGCAAAGCCUGCAAAGAGCAAAUAGCAGCCAUUGUAUUAGAGAAAGAAGCCAUUGUGCAGAAGGGAGAGAUUCAGAAUUUAGGAGUAGAAGCCACACUAGCAAAAGUCUAGAAAAUCUCAAGGAAGGAUUGAGUACUGAAGUGGCAAACAAGGAAUGUGAAGAAUUGGAAGAAAAUACUCUGCUGGUCAAAAAAUCUAAAUUGGAGAUUUGCAGAGCCUGGUUUUCUAUACCCAUAUACUACUGGGUUUCAUUAUGGAUGUUUGUCUUGGGGAUUGCUUGCCUUGUUCUAAUCUGGAUCUUGGAGCUGCAGAAGCAAUGUUCAUUUACAGCCUCUGAUUGUUAGACACAGAAAGCACAUAACUUUGCAUCAUCAGACUUAUGGAAAAAUAAAAAAAGGAAAACGA